AAACUAAAUGAAGAAAAAAAAGAGGGGGAGGAAAGUUAUUAUUUGAGGGUAAAGAAAGAGACAAAGUUGGUGGACUUUACGGUGCUCCCAGGGAGGGAUUUUUUUUGUAUUUAUCUGGACCGACUCGUUUAAACUCAGCGCGGAGUAACGGAGCGCCGGUUAAAAUCAUUUCCGUUUCUGCUUCCAAACUUAUCAGCUCCUACUGGAUCCUUUCUUCUUCUUCCCUUUUUUUUCUUGCAUCGGGGAUGAUAAAAGCAGCCGAACCGAGCGGAUGGACGGACCAAAGGGACGGAGUCCAGUCGGUACCCCGUGUGUAUCCCCUGUGUUCCUUCAUUUUUGUUUUUUAACGGCUGCAUAAUGUUACUGUGAGCGCGUGAGAUGAGCGGCAGACGUCGGCUGAGUCGACUAUCUGAGCACAAACGGGUUUAUUUUCUGGUCUGCACUGGACCCACAUGAAGAGGCAUCCUGCUGAACUUCUCUGCUUUGUGUUUUUCAAAGAAAAUAAAAAAUAAAAGUGGACGCUAAUGAGACUUUAGGAGUGUUUUUUUUUUUAAAGGAGACCAUCCAGAUGCGGCUGGUCGACAAAGGAAGCCCUCUGUCUCCAUAGGUCACUCCAAAGUAUCCAUGGUUCUCUUAUUUCUGGCUUGAAGUUUUUGGUUUUUUGAAAAUAUUUCCAUGGAGUCUUAUCCUCCACAGCCUACUUGUGUCCGUGGGUUUUUCACACGUGGACUGAAAUCAUGUUAAAGACUUGAAAUGUCUUAAAAAGUUUUUUUUUUUUUUGUAUUUUAUUUAUCUGCUUUGUAUUUAUUGUGUGUAUAGAAGUUGUCCUUGUAAUUUCAAGAAUAUUUCUUUUAUUUCUAUUUUUUUAAUAUAUACAUGUAUGGUUUGAUUGAAGCUUUUUUAAGUUUUAUUUGAGCAUCUCUGUUCUGCUGUACAUCUCUCCCCUCACACUGUAUCAUAAAGCAGGGCUCUGAUCAUGGACAGGCCCAUCAGCAAGCUGCUGGGGAAGCUGAAGCUCACCGACGCCGGCAGCGUGAAAUUCAACAGCUCCAAGAAGAAACAUGAUUCUGCCAACAACUCCAAUAACAGCAAUGCCAACUCUGGCCCCUCCGCGGCGCCGCCUGCCCCCGGCUCUGUGGCCGCCUCGCCCUCCCGACCCGGACAGUUCUCGCUGGCCUCCUCCUCCACCACCAGCGAUGCCAAUGGGUCGGGGGGAGGAGGAAUGGGAAUGGGUCCUGCUCCGCUUCUCACGUCAACGCCGUCCUCCUCCACGCUUGGCGCCGUGGCUCCAGAUGGGGAGCAGCCGCUCCAUCCUUCUACGUUAGCUCAGCUGAGGAGACCCUCCCUGCAGCAGCGAGCUUCCUGCUACCUGACUGAAGGAGUGGAUUCCCACUUGGGACUGACUCCUGAUGGUGACCCCCUGGGAGCGUUGGGCUCCAAAGCCUCCCUAAACCAGAGACGUUACUCCCUGGAGCUGCAGAAGCUGGUGAGACGCCAGCAGCUCCUGUCCCAGCCGCCUUCUCACUCGGUCCCACCGCUCUACCCUGCUCCUGCUGCGGGAUACGGACCUGCUCAGAGAGGAGGAGGACUGAUGGAGCAAAGCUACAAUGAACCCGAGCGGCACAAGCGCUUCUCCCUCCAGGAAGCCCUUUUUUACAAACGCCUGAGCACAGGAAGCGAGGUGUGGGACAACCCCAGGCCGGCUUCUCUCUCCCAUCCUCCUCAUCGGCCUUCUGACAUCCCAGGGGGGAACGUGGCCUUGUUUUACCCUCCUGGUCCGACCUUGAGCCCAUGUUCGUCGUUCAGCCUCCAGGAGUCGGUCCUGGUCAGCCCCAGGUCCAGCUUUGCCUCCAGUACGGCCAGCGGCGGAGGCGGGGGGAGCCCAAUGGGGAGCCGCUGCAGCAGCAACAGAACCAGCGGUAUCAGUUUAGGCUACGACUCCCGGUACUCCGCCUCAGGAGGGCUCCCUGUCCAACAGCAGCCAGUACAGACAGGAGGGUCUGCGGCGGGUUACGGAGCUCCAGGGAGACCCGGGGGGACCUCAGUAGAGGCCUGGACUCAGUACCUGGAGGGCGGGGCUCGCUCAGGUGCAUACGACAGCCGCCAUUCGUACCCCCCUGCCGUGGGAAGUCCAGCGGCGGCGUGCUACCAGGGAGGGCCGGAGUGGUGGGAUGAUCAGCAGGCGGGGGUGAGGGGGAGGGAUGCAGGCGCCAUGGGUGAAAGGGCCCGAUACUCUGACCUGCCUGGGACCCGAUACCAGGAGGAGCUGACCCGACUCCUCCUGAGAGAUGCUGCUCGAGAAGGAGGGGGGCUGCUGGAGGGGCUGAGGCUGAAGGAUCAACCUCUUCCCCCAGCCCCGCUACCUAAACCCGGCACUACGACGCAGGGGUCCGCUCUAGCCGGCGGGUCGCUCAGACCUCAGGAGGACUCUGGAGGCGCAGCCGGAAGGGAGAGCGGGGAAAACCGGCAGGAGUACUUUGGCACCUGCGUGAAGUGUGGGAAAGGCGUGUACGGGGCGGAUAACGCCUGCCAGGCUCUGGAUCACCUCUAUCACACUCGCUGCUUCACCUGCGUAUCCUGUGGACGCACCCUGAGAAACAAGGACUUCUACAAUGUCAACAGCUCUGUGUACUGUAAAGAGGAUUACAUGUUUUCGGGAUUCCAGGCGGCUGCUGAGAAGUGUAGCGUGUGUGGUCACCUCAUUCUGGAGCAGAUCCUGCAGGCUGUUGGGAACUCCUACCAUCCCGGCUGUUUCCGCUGCGUGGUUUGCUCCAAGGCUCUGGACGGGGUGCCCUUCACUGUGGAUCAGAACAGCAACAUCUACUGCGUCGCUGACUACAACAAGACUUUUGCUCCAAAGUGCGCUGCCUGUUUGCAACCCAUCUUACCGACUGAAGGCAGCGAGGAGAUCCUCAGGGUUGUGUCUAUGAACAAGGACUACCACUUCGAGUGCUACCACUGUGAGGAGUGUGGCAAGCAGCUCUCUGAUAAGCCCGGCUCUCAGUGCUUCCCUCUGGACUCUCAUCUCCUUUGCCACUCCUGUCACAUGAGCAGAGUGUGUGGCACUCACAGCGCCCCCCCGACACACUGAGCUGACUGCUCCAGCUGUGGAGUUUUCCUUUUUUUGUUUUUCUUUUUAAAGGAUUCAUCAAUACAUGUUCUCAGUCUCUUGUGUAUCUUUUAAAAAUGAAACUGCUGAUGUCGAGACAUUUCAUUGGUAACAUUUCAUGUCUGAUUGGUUCGUCACACGUGCUGCCUGCUGUACUCUAGUUUAAAAAAAAGGGAACAAACUACUGCUUUUUAACCCCGGUGUUGCUACUGUUUGCUGUAGAAGAACAAAAGGGAUUUUUUUUUUCUUUUUGCUGAAUUAUGUUGUACAUACAUUAUGACUAGCAAACUUUUGCACUUAAAUUUGACUUUACUGUAAGUUGUGUUACAUGAAUCUGUGCAAGCUGAAGAGAAACAGUAACUUCUUGUACAUUAAGUAUUUUUUUUUGCGUUUGUGCUCAGAUUGUGUACUUACAGAGACUGGUCACAAUUUCAAUAAAAGCAAAUGUUAACAGA